AGGAGGAAUGCUGACAGUAGGGCAACUAAGGGAAAUGGGUCGGAUUUGCCCGUCAGUGACAGGAUCGCAAUGCUGCUGCUGAAUCUACUGCAUCGGACAUAGAGCUGCAGAGCUGCAGGGGCAGGUCAUGCAGGGCUCCGAGGUUCUUGGGCUGUCUCAGCUCCUCAGGUCUGCGUGUUUAUGUUCAUUGCGGUUGUUUGGGUGACCUGGGUGCCGAUCGGUCCUGUUUGCAGCAGACGUUUGCGGGAGGCUGCGGCUGACUGGCUCCGAAAUAUGAUGCAGACCAUUGUCGCAUUGGGGGCGAGACUCAUUCUCUGCGCGAUGCAAGCAUCAAUGGAUUUUAAGGAUCUUUGCUGGCCACUUUGCGGCUACAUCAUGGAUAGAUUGAUUGACGAUGGAUUGUUACUGACUCCACGAUUGUGGUCCGCGGUGGAGAGCGGUGGAGAGCGGUGUACAGGUAGGCGAAGCAUGCAAACCAUGCAAGAGCAAGAAACAUGCUUAUUGCCUGUUCUGACAAUUGGGAGUCUUUUCAGCUUGUACUUGUACCAUUGGGUAGUAAGUACUAUUUGGCCUUCCCAUACCAAAGCAGAAGAGCUCAAUGCUGGUCUUCUUGCGUUCGGAGUACGGAUGGACUCGGGAGGGAUUUGCAUCCACUCUUGCAAGAGCCAGCUUAGCCUGCAAGCCGGUGAGCGCCACAUUUCUACUGACAAUUGUCCUGCCCAAAGUCUUAUAGUACGGUGAUAGUAUAGUGAGAUAUAAACACAAUUUGUGAAUAACAAGCUCCAGUUGCAGUUGCCUAUCAAGAUUGUCAUGUGGAGAAGCU